GGGUCGAAGGGUUCGAGCGCGCCUGUUGGAUCAGAUGAUGCAACAGCAGCCGCUUAUAAAGCCUCGCGCAGCCCGGCGCACGCAGCCACGCCGGACUCUCGCUCAGCGCCCGGACCGGAGGGAUCACCGCCCGCUCAACACUCGCUCACGAAAUGCAAAGCAUGCUGACUCGUCUGACUCGUCCGGGCUUGGCAGCCCGCACCCUGAGCCGUGCAGUGCAUUCUGGGACGCAGACGGCCUCCUCUGUGGCGCCCCGGGUGAAGCGUGCGGAGCGCCAGCUCAGCUCAGAGGAAGUGUACGCUCGCGAGGAACGAUACGGAGCGCACAACUACCACCCGCUGCCCGUGGCCCUGGAGAGAGGAGAGGGCUUGUACGUGUGGGACAUAGAGGGUCGUAGGUAUUAUGACUUCCUCAGUGCAUACAGUGCGGUUAACCAAGGCCACUGCCACCCCAGAAUAGUCGCUGCCCUGAACGCCCAGGCCUCCAAACUGACCAUCACCUCCAGAGCCUUCUACAACGACGUGCUGGGGGCCUACGAGGAGUACAUCACCAAGCUGUUUGGAUAUGACAAAGUCCUGCCCAUGAACACGGGUGUGGAAGGUGGAGAGACGGCCUGCAAGCUGGCACGAAAAUGGGCGUACAGUGUGAAGGGCAUUCCCAAAUAUCAGGCGAAGAUCAUCUUCGCAGAGGGUAAUUUCUGGGGCAGGACAAUGGCGGCCAUCUCCAGCUCCGUUGACCCCAGCAGUUACGAGGGUUUUGGCCCGUUCAUGCCUGGAUUUGAGCUGGUUCCCUACAACGACAUCCCAGCCCUGGAGAAAGCCCUGCAGGAUCCGAAUGUGGCUGCGUUCAUGGUGGAGCCCAUCCAGGGUGAGGCAGGAGUGGUGGUUCCUGACCCAGGUUACCUGACCACAGUGCGAGAGCUCUGCACCAAAUACAACGUUCUGUUCAUUGCUGAUGAGGUGCAGACGGGUUUGGGUCGCACGGGCCGCAGGCUGGCUGUGGACCACGAGGCUGUGCGGCCGGACCUGGUGGUUCUGGGAAAAGCUCUGUCUGGAGGAAUCUAUCCUGUGUCUGCAGUGCUCUGUGAUGAUGAUGUGAUGCUGACAAUUAAACCAGGAGAGCAUGGCUCCACCUAUGGAGGAAACCCUCUUGCCUGUAGAGUUGCCAUUGCGGCCCUAGAGGUUCUGGAGGAGGAGAACCUGGCAGAGAAUGCUGAGAAAAUGGGGAAUAUUCUGAGAGCAGGGCUGAACAAACUGCCCAAAGAAAUUGUGACGACGGUGAGGGGGAAAGGUCUGCUGAAUGCCAUCGUCAUCAAGGAGACUAAAGACUACGACGCCUGGCGAGUCUGUUUGCGUCUUCGUGACAACGGACUCCUGGCCAAACCCACUCAUGGUGACAUCAUCAGACUGGCCCCGCCCCUCGUCAUGAACGAAGAUGAGAUCAGCGAGUGCAUUGACAUCAUCCAGCGAACCAUCCUGUCAUUUUAAACUGUUAUAAAAUCCUACUGACCAUCACCCGGAAACAAACACACCCUGGUCAUUUAUUUCCCUCCAGCUGCGAGGACUCAAUACAGUGCUGACCAUACGAGUUAACAUGCAGACAACAAUUCUAUAUGCUAGAAGCUUUAUCUUCUUCUUCUUCUUUCGGCUGCUCCCUUUAGGGGUCGCCACAGCGGAUCAUCUGCCUCCAAUGCUAGAAGCUUAAUUCUAGUAUUUUACAUCCUGUUCCACAGUUUUGGACUAGUGGGGCGAUGAUGAGUGAAUGUUUUACCAGGUACUGAUUUUGAAGUUUCAUAAUUUUGAAGUUUUAUUUUUUUUUAAUUCCAGGAGUUUGAAAAGUUACAUUGCUCAUACUUGACUGUGAAUUUCUAGAUUUUAGCUUAGUCCUGGUCCAGCGGACCCCAUAAACAGUGGAUUUUCAGCUCUAACACGUUUGAUUCUAGCCACCUGGUUCUAAUGUUGCAUAAAAACAGCAAACACCUUGGCAGGUGAAUGAAAUCUAUUCAGUAUAUCUGAUAUUUUAAUUAUAAUACUCCAGCAGUCUCUAAAGAAUCCCAUUUCUAGACGUUGUUUCAAGCAGUUAGCUGUAUCUGUAGUUUAUCUGUCUAAAUUGUCUUAUUCCACCAGGCAGAUUGUUUCAGUUCCCUCAGCAGUGAUUUUUUGAAGUAUGUAAAGAUGCCUCAACUAUAUUUAAGAUAUUUUCACUUUUAGUUUGCAGUGUAGGUUAAAAAAGUGCUUUAAUAUGCUAACAGGUCUUGAAUUCUAUGAAGGAAUGUGUCUCAGAGGCUUUAUUUCUGGACGCUGAAAAAUCUGUGAUUUUUCUGUAUUUAUGUUGUGUUCAGCCUUUGGCUCUGUACUACAUGUAAUGUUUUAGGACUGGGACUAAAACCCUGUUCAAGCUGCACAGCCUGCUAGACUGUUGUUUAACUUUCAAACAGCAAGCUGAAAAUGAAUACUGAAAAUCGAUCUUCACCAAGAUGGAUGUUCUACAGAUUUAAUGCACAUGUUCAUGUCGGACACACAGACAGAGGGAACAGUGUCAGUCUUACAGUUUAAGAGAGGGAUGGUUCUUGUUUAAAGCAAGUAGGGUAGCUUUUAUAUCAGUUCUAAAACCUUGUACAAGGUCACUAAAUAGACAAAAUAAAUAAAAGCUUUUCAGUGGCGAUUCAGCACUGACAUUAAAACUAGGCACUUUUGGAGGACGCCACCUUUGACUCCCAUUCGACUUCAUGUUACAAGCUUGUGCUCCAGCAUCACUGAACCCACUGGGAAACAGAAUGUGUGACCUGGCUGAGCGGAAACUGUUGCUGUUUCAGUAAGUCAGUGCUGACGCACUCGGUAUGUGUACAGUGUGGAAUGUGUGAUGUCCUCUGGAAGUCGUAUGGUCAUAUGUGUGUGAAUGGGCACAUUAAACGUGUGUCGGCUCUUUGAAGCCUGAGGGUCUCCAGGCUGAUCUCAUUUAUCUGUACAGUGUUUAGGUUACAUGAACUGAACGCUUAGAAAGUGACCUCAAAGACAAUGUUCUGUUUAAGGUUGUUCCAUUGUUUUUAAAAUAAAUGAUUUGGUGAGUUAA